AUGACCAAGCUGUGGGGCGGCUACAGCCUGUUGUACUUCGAGGGCCAGGAGAAGGCCCACAACCAGGACCUGGGCCUGGCCGGCUCCUGCCUGGCCCGCUUCAGCACCAUGCCCUUCCUGUACUGCAACCCGGGCGACGUCUGCUACUACGCCAGCCGCAACGACAAGUCCUACUGGCUGUCCACCACGGCCCCGCUGCCCAUGAUGCCCGUCGCUGAGGAGGAGAUCAAGCCCUACAUCAGCCGCUGCUCCGUGUGCGAGGCCCCGGCCGUGGCCAUUGCCGUGCACAGCCAGGACGUGUCCAUCCCGCACUGCCCGGCCGGCUGGCGCAGCCUGUGGAUUGGGUACUCCUUCCUCAUGCACACAGCCGCCGGGGACGAGGGGGGCGGCCAGUCGCUGGUGUCACCGGGCAGCUGCCUGGAGGACUUCCGUGCCACGCCCUUCAUCGAGUGCAACGGGGGCCGAGGCACGUGCCACUACUACGCCAACAAGUACAGCUUCUGGCUGACCACCAUCGCCGAGCAGAGCUUCCAGGCCUCACCCUCGCCCGACACGCUCAAGGCGGGGCUCAUCCGCACGCACAUCAGCCGCUGCCAGGUCUGCAUGAAGAACCUGUGA